AUGCCCUCGAUACAGGUGACCCAAUAUUCCUGGGACAAUGAUCUUGAAAAUGCCUCCACCCUGCUGAGCGAUCUGUCCCGAUCGGCGCUCAGCUCGCCGGUCGCCUCGCCCGACGCAUAUGCCGGCGGCACCGGGUCCCUGCUGGAGUCCAUCCGGUCCAUCGAGGAGUCCCUGCGGCUUCUGGAACAGGCCCUUGAAAUGCAUGUUGCUCAGAAUCUCAUCUCGCAGAAGCAGUAUCACCUGCGUAAGGGUAACCUCCAGCUUGUGCGCGGUCAGCUGGAUGACCUUCGCCAGACCAUCCGUACCGCCGCCGCAAAUGCCCCGCGCAGCCGCCGGGCCUUCGGGGCCGGUGGACGAAGCGACGGCUCCGAAAGCCAGCCCCUUCUCGCUUCCGGAGCCGAACAUUACUCCUACACCGACCCGCAAACGGCGCUCCUCCAACAGCAGGACAUCAUGAGCCAGCAGGACCAAAGCAUCGCACGGCUGGAGGAGGCCGCCCGCCUGCAGAAGGAAAUCGCCAUCUCCAUUCGGAGCGAGGUCAACGACCAAGUGGACAUGCUGGACGGAUUGAUUGAGAGCUCCGCCAAGACGGAGCAGCGUUUGGUCGAGGAAAAUCGCAACAUGCGCCAGUACUCCACCAAGGCAAAGAUCGGCGGCUCCAUGUGUCUUGUGGCGUCCUUGAUUGUGGCGGUUGUCGUGCUCAUCUUCGUCCUGUUGUGCUCUUGCAAUAUACGAUAA